GCUAACUCCAUGAUGUCCGAGAAAAAGGAUGAAGUCGGCCAUACUCAAACCGAAAGUCGUGUCCUCCAGCAGUGUCGGCAUCCCUUUAUGAUUCAGCUUCGCUACGCUUUCACAACUCCAGAUCACCUUUGUUUCGUAAUGGAAUACGUAAACGGCGGCGAACUAUUUUUCCAUCUCUCUCGCGAGCGCAUCUUCUCAGAGGCACGAACUCGAUUUUACGCAGCUGAGAUUACUUCAGUGCUUGGUUAUCUGCACACGAGAAAUGUUGUAUAUAGCAGAGAUCUUAAGUUAGAAAAUCUACUUCUUGACAGGGAUGGCCAUAUAAAGAUAGCUGAUUUCGGACUAUGCAAAGAGGAAAUGCCUUAUGGAGCCCUAACCAAAACCUUCUGUGGUACACCUGAGUAUUUAUCUCCUGAAGUCUUACUGGACAACGAUUAUAGUUAUCAAUUGUAUUAUAGAAAGAUUUUUCCCAUUUAA